AUCCUUGUUUUAUAAACGUUACGUGAAACGUGAAGAGAAGCAGGCUAUGGAUGAUUGCAAUUAGGAAUACCAUUUCAAUCUUACGCUUAUUGAAUGGAACUAUGGAAGCAGCACUCACAUUCCCUCCAAAACCCCAAUUUUUUAUGUCCCCAUCCUUCGCCUUCAGACCACCUCCACCACUCCUCUUCUCCUUCACUCCCGCCGCCUCCAGACUCCUCGCCGCCUCCGCCACCACCACCCAAGAGCUCGAAACACUAACAAUUCCGGAGCCAUCCACCUCAAAAAAGUCUAGGGCUAAAAAGGUGCUCAUUGAUGCCCAACAGCUUAAAUUGAACUGGCUGGAAUCCCUCUCUUGCCCUAGGCCCCAAAAUGAUGCAAUUCGGCCUCCUCACGACUCCGGCCCGGGUAAUGCGGACACGAGGUGGGUUAUCGGAGUCGACCCGGAUCUCAGCGGAGCGUUAGCCGUUUUGAAGCCCGACAAUUCCGCCCAGGUGUAUGAUUCUCCCCACUUGAAAGUACUCGUUGGCAAUAGAGUGCGGAAACGUCUAGAUCUAAAGUCUAUUAUUCAAUUGCUUCAAAAAGUUGAUGCUCCGAUUGGAACCACUGCAUACAUAGAGCAAUCAAUUCCAUAUCCUCAAGAUGGUAAGCAGGGAUGGUGGAGUGGAGGAUUUGGGUAUGGUCUAUGGCUAGGAGUCCUGGUUGCCUCAGGAUAUUCUGUUGUUCCAGUUCCAGCGUCAGUAUGGAAGAAUGGGUUUAAACUUACAGGAAGUCGCUCUAGCAAGGAUGAGAGCAGAGAGCUUGCCACCACUCUGUUUCCCUCAAUGAGUCCCCUUUUGAAAAGGAAGAAAGAUCAUGGCCGUGCAGAAGCUUUGCUAAUUGCUGCACAUGGUAAAGGGCUGAAAGUGGAUAUUGGCUCCGACUCUCAAUGCAUAUUGGAAGAUUCUGUGCCCUAGAAUGAUGACAAUCAUCUCCUUGGGCAUUUUUUGUGGCGCCACACAUCUGUCUGCUGAUUAUAUAUUUGGAGUACAUUGGUAACUGGCAGGUAGUAUGAUCAAAUGGAGAUCAUUAGGGAAGACAUCGAUAAUUCUUUAGAGAGCAUGUAGUGAUGUUUUAGCACAACGAAUAUCCCUGUCCGGUGGAAAUGGGACGUGCAAAACUCGAUUGCCUAAAAAAUUGUAUUGCAAGAAACUAGGUCUCCCUCCAUGUAUAUAAUGAAUGCUGGCUCUUUUUGUUUCUUAUUUCCAUUCUCAAGGUAAACACCUUUCUUGUUCA